UGGGUCUACUCUUCUAUAACCAGAAGUUGUUAGUCCCUGUUCUUGUUCUUAUUCUUACGUCAAAACCACAAUCAUUGUUCCUAGAUUCUGUUCUGUUUUGGACGAGUAUUAUGCUUUUUUUCCAAGUCUGGGAUCCGUCGAUUUUCAUUCCAAGCGGGCUAGAAAUGGAAUUCAGUUAGUCGUAACUAUUGUUUUCACAUGUAUAUACGUUUUAUUUAUUUGUUAUUUUUACGAGGCGAGCAAUAUGAAGCCUGGAAAAGGUUUGGCUAAUAAUACAGGCCCGAUGGACCUUGUAGCUCCAAGGCCUCCGCAGACACAACUGUGCAUGAAAGUGUUUGUUCAAAGGGAUUACGGAGAUGGGACGACUGUGAAAUUCCAGGCGUUGUUUCCACCAGAGCUAGAAGGAAAGUUGGACAGAGCAGCUUUUGAAAACACUGUCAGCCAGUUGAACGCAUAUUUUAGAGAAGCUGAAGAGGGUACUUGUUCGACAUACUGUGAAGGCUGUAUGGCUUGUCUUACUGCUUAUUUAAUGUAUAUUUGUACCCAAACACAUUAUGAAAAGUGUCUGAGAAAAGUAGCAAAAUUUGUACAGGAGCAAAAUGAAAGGGUGUAUAAGCCGAGAGGGCUUCUCCUCACCAAUCCGGUUGACAGGGGUCUUCGAGUUAUAGAGAUAUCGAUUCUGGAUCAACCACUUGUGUCUAGGACGUGACUUUCUUUAUCCGAAUCAACUGAAGAGUUCUUUAUGUGAUCUUCAUUCCUCCCCGCUGUAAAUGAAAUGUUUCGCUUUUAAUUACUUAAAUAUUCUCUCUUAUCUGAAAAUUUAGGAGAUCCCUUGUUUUCCUUUAAAUACCGAGUAGGUUUCUUCCAUUGAACGGUAUUUUGUAUUAAACAAUUUUUGUUUAUUUUUUUCCCCUAUUAGCCAAAGUUUCACACUCUCCAUAUCGUCAUGACUGAUCAGUGAUUUUCCAUUAGGGCCUGUUUUGUAUGAUUUCCUCUAACAACAAAUUUUGUGUUGAUACUUUUUUAAUUAAUUUAGAAUUCCUUAGUUUAUUUUAAUAGUUUCUCUCUAAUUUUAUUAUAUUAUAACUAUUAGAAGUACACCAGUAUAUUUUUUAUGUUAACAUUUUUUAAUAUAUAUAUUUUUUAAAUUAAUGAUUUAACCCAAUGUUUAUACUAAAUGUGUUUGAUUCUCCCUGAUCAUUUUGGUCAGUCUUCCCCCUCCCAUUGACACAGUAAUCAUUUUUUUCAUGCUCAUUAAUCUUUAUUUAAUAUUUGCUGCAAUAACUAAGCUGUUAAUUGUGUUUUAAAAAGAUCAUUAGACUCUAAACUGAUAACACAUUUCCAUUUCAUUCUGUAAAUCAGAUAUGUUCUCAUACGACAUACAUACUUUAUAUUUGGAAAGACAAUAAAUGGUCUUUGGGUUAUAAAAAAAA